AUGGCGGCCGCGCCCGCGGCCUUGAUGGAGCGCCCGGAGCACCCGUCUCCCGCCGCGAGCGGCCAGCGAGCGUGCGCGCCCGGAGCGGCGCAGGGCGCGGCGCUGCCGCCUUCAGUGCUCGGAGGCCUGGGCAGCUGGAGGGCGGUCGUGAGGAACACCUUCCUGCACUUCCAGGAGGCCGCCGAGGAGGACAUGGCCCGGAGCCUGCGCGCUUCGUCGUCGGCGCCUGCGCUGCUGACCCCGUGGGUGGGCCUGGAGGUGCCGAUCGGCGAGCCGCCGCCGCCGAGUGGCGCCGAGCGGCGCACCACCGUGCUGUUCCGCAACGUGCCCUACUUGCUCACGCGAGACAUGUUCGUGGAGCUGCUGAACUCGCAGGGCUUCCGAGGGCAGUUUGACCUGGUGUACUUGCCGAUAGACUUCAAGACGAACCAGACGCGUGGCUACGCGUUUGUAAACGCGUUAAGCACUGAGGUUGCCAGUCGCCUCUUCGGCGCGUUCGAGGGCUUCCAGGCGUGGCCCAAGAGGAGCUCGAAGGUCUGCAGCUUGUGUUGGAGCACCCGGCAGGGCCUCGACAGAAACGUCCAAGCCUACCGCAACCUCGAGGUCAUGCAGGCGACCUACCCCGACGCCUGGAAGCCUGCCUUGUUCUCGGAGUGUAGCCCAGUGCCCUUCCCCGAGCCCACGCGGAAGAUCACGCGCAACUCGAAGAAUCUGUGCGGCGGUGGCGGUGCUCCGCGGAUCUGA